GGUGUGCUUCUUCUCACGGGCACCGGCGAGGGCCAAACGCAACAACAUGAGUUCACAGAGAGGAAACGUGCAGCGAUCGCGGCCUCAGAAGCACCGGAAUGCUAGCGUGUUUAGGAACGACAAGUAUGAGAGCAACCACCUCACCAAGAAACUUAAUUCAAAGUUACAUGAUGGAGUUUGCCAGAGAUGCAAAGAUGUUUUGGAAUGGAGGGUAAAAUUCAGCAAGUACAAGCCUCUUUCGCAACCUAAAAAAUGUGUCAAAUGUCUACAGAAGACUGUGAAAGAUUCGUAUCAUAUCAUCUGCAGACCAUGUGCCAUGCAACUUGAAAUAUGUUGCAAAUGUGGAAAAGAAGAAGACAUUGUGCUACCGAUUGUGCCAAAAUCACAGCUCACAGAGGAUGGAUCUACAGCACACAAUGAAGAGGAUAAAUGUGAUGAUGAGGUAGAGGAGGAUGAGGUAGAGGAGGAUGAUUUUGAUUUAAAGUCUUCUUCUGAUGAUGAUGAUGAUGAUGAUGGUUUCUCUGAAGAAAAGAAAAAAGGGAGGUCUAAGUCUAAAGCUACAAUGCACACCGUCGGUUAACAUACUGGUAAAAAGGACAGUGACUAAGGAGCCCAUAUUUCUAAACACUUCAUCAGAAUCACGUUGUACAAUAAACUAUUUUCUUAUG